ACUGAAAAUAUAUAGAUAAGGAACAUGUCCGACUCCAUCUACAAGGGUGAAGACUUUGAAGAAAAAGUCAGAAAGCAAGUGGAAUUCUACUUCUCUGACUCUAAUUUGCAGACAGACAAGUUCUUAUGGAAAAUUUACGAAGCCAACGAUGGCUGGGUUGAGUUGAAAACCAUCUUGACCUUCGGAAGAAUGAGACAAUACCGCCCAGAAGAAAAAGUCAUCGCUGCUUUGAAAGAAUCGGAAAAGUUAGUUCUUUCUGCCAACGAGGAACUGAUAAGAAGAAAGGAUCCAGUCAAGGAUUUCAACGAAGUAAAGAACACCAGAAAAAGAAACACCGUCCACAUCGAAGGCUUUCCAACCGAAGCUGAACAAGAAGAUUUGGAAAACUGGUUCAACACCAAGAUUGCUCCUAACUUGCCAAAGGAAUCUGGUUUCAACUCUUUGCGUAGAAUCAAGAGCAGAGUCAAGAAGGAAUUCUUUGGUGUUGUCGACAUCGAAUUGAAAAGUCAAGAAGAUGCCGAAUUCAUCCUCAACAAAUUGGAAAUCACUUAUCCCCAGGGAAUUGUAAAAGCUGAUGACGAAGGCGUGGACAAAAAAACGCUCUUGAAGAAGAUGUCCUUAUUGACUUUCCAAGAAAUGAGAGAAAGCGGAAAGAGAUUCGGCGUCAACGAUGUCACCAAGAGAAGAAACAGUUUCAACGAUAACCAUCGUGGUAACAAAAAAUUCAAGAAGAACUUCAAGGCCAAGAGAGACGACAAGAAGGAGAAUGGCAAGCCAGAAUCUACGGAAGCCAUUCCUGAAACCACCGAAACUCCUGAAACCAAGCAAGUUUCUGAGACGGCUACUCCAGCUCCUGCUGAACCAGCCUCAACCACAGAAGCUGCCCCAGCCCCAGAACCAGUUUCUGCUGCUCCAGCUGCUUCUACAGAAGAAGUUGCCAAAUAAACCAGAAAUCAAAAACCACAUAAUCAAAAAGUAUUCUUGUAAUUAAUCGUUAACACUGAAGGUUAUUCCUUGUACUUAGAUAUUGAUAGAAUUUCCGAAUGACAGCACGUGUAAAAACUGGGAUUGAGUUUUCGUGCAUUUUGCAACCAUUUCAGGUUUAAGUAUGAGUCGAGUAAUAACAAUGUACUAUAUU